CGAAAUCCUGACUGCAAGGGAAACAACUGUUCACUUUCCUGCCACAAAUAAUUUUUCACCAUGUGGGGAGAUCAAGCAGAUUUUCCUCCAGAUUACUACCCUCCAGCAUAUCCACCUUCAGUGGAUCCAUAUGAAAUGCACACUGGCGACCCUCGUCAGGAUAUAGAGUUUGAGAGGCAGUACCAACAGUCGACGUACAUUGUCCCAGACAUCAUCAAGAGUUUCCUCACAUACUUCCAGAAAAGUAUCACUGAGCAGAAUGUUUAUGAAAUUCAGAAUGCGUAUGAAAAUGGAUUCAAUAAAUUGACAGAGAGGUUCUUCAAGACCUCUCCAUGGCCCGAGGCAGAAGUGGUUGCUCCGAUAGUACAGAAUGAUCAUUUGUUUUUGAUCCUGUACAAGGAACUUUUCUACAGACAUAUUUAUGCCAGGGUUCAGAAUGGCCCAACAUUGGAGCAGAGAUUUGAAUCUUACUACAAUUAUUGUAAUCUCUUCAACUACAUCCUAAAUGCUGAUGGGCCGGUCCAUUUGGAACUUCCCAAUCAGUGGUUGUGGGAUAUCAUUGAUGAGUUCAUCUACCAGUUUCAGUGCUUCAGCAUCUACAGAUGUAAAGUGAACAAGAAGUCAGAGGAUGAGAUCAGCUUUUUAAGGUCCAACCCCAAGAUAUGGAAUGUGCACAGUGUCUUGAAUGUAUUGCAUUCUCUGGUUGACAAGUCCAACAUCAACAAACAGUUAGAAGUCUACUCAAUGGGAGGUGACCCGGACAGUGUGGCCGGUGAGUUUGGACAGCACAGUCUGUACAAGAUGCUGGGCUACUUCAGUUUGGUGGGGCUGCUACGACUCCACUCCCUGCUGGGCGAUUACUACCAGGCCCUCAAGAUCCUGGAGUGUAUUGACUUCAACAAGAAGAGCAUGUAUUCGCGAGUACCUGCCUGCCAGAUCACCACGUUUUACUAUGUUGGUUUUGCGUACCUUAUGAUGAGGAGAUACCAGGAUGCUAUUAGGACGUUCUCCAACGUUUUGCUGUACAUCCAGAGAACUAAGCAGAUGUUCCAGGCCAGAGUACAGAUGUAUGACCAGAUCACCAAGAUGAACGACAAGAUGUACACCUUGUUGGCCAUUUGUCUGGUUCUCCACCCGAUGAGAAUUGACGAGAGUGUCCAUUCACAGCUGAGGGAGAAAUUCCAGGACAAGAUGUUAAGGAUGCAAAAAGGAGACACUGAAGAGUUUACAAACAACUUCUCAUUUGCCUGUCCAAAGUUCCUGUCACCAGUUCCACCUAACUAUGAUGCUGUUACAGCUAUAAACCACAAGGAGCCAUUCCUGCUGCAGCUGAGGGUGUUUAUGGAGGAGGUCACCCAGCAGAUCAUCCUGCCCACUAUCAGGAGUUUUCUGAAGCUCUACACCACCCUUCCCCUGUCAAAGCUAGCCAUCUUCAUGGACAUGACUGAAGAUGAGCUGAAGACCCAUUUGAUGUGUUUUAAGCAUAAAAUGAAGAACCUGGUUUGGACCAAGGGUACGAGUGGUCUGGAGGGAGAGUUCCAGUCGGCGUCUGAGGUGGACUUCUAUAUAGACAAGGAUAUGAUUCAUAUUGCGGACACGAAAGUUGCUAGAAGAUACGGAGAUUUCUUCAUCAGACAGAUUCACAAGUUUGAGGAGAUUACCCGAAAUUUGAAAGUGGUGAGUGCAGGAGCUGGGAAAACUUCAUCCUAAGAGGAGGACUGUGUUUAAAUUAUCCUGGACACUUGUAUUUAAUAACUCUCUUCAAAAUCUUCUUCAGUGUAUCAAUAUUAUUGUACAUGUAGUGAAUAAAACAUGUGUGCAAUGUGA